AUGUUCUAUCAGCUGAUACGUGUAGUGUGUUUCGUCAGUUCUUGGCGUUUGGUAGUGACUAACGCAAAUUUUCAACAUAACUUCGAGCACUUUUCGGUUUUGCAAAACAACACCGCGAACUUCUCGCGUGGCAUUAGAGUACUCAUUGAACGCAUACAAACCGAGGGUUCAUUUGUUAGUUACUUUUUGCUAAGGAAGCAUCCAGCCGAUUGUGUGAAUGAACAAUUACCGAUAAAUUUCGACUUACCAUUCAUGCAGCUGAACAAGAGUGGACAUUCGUAUGUACGAGGCACUGGCAGUAGUGUCUUAUUGGCAAUACUAUGUCUUCGACAACUCACCGAUAAAAAUUUCGUGUUGAAAUUCUCUGGAGAUUUGCGGCACAUACGCACUAGACGUAUUCUGGUUAUACACAAUAGAAAUUUGGCGCAGAGUACAAACUCCGAAAUCGAGACGUUUUUCCGUAAUUGCAUGCAAGUCAAGUUUCUGCACGUUAUACUUGUACAUCGCGAUUUCGCUGAGACUAACAUCUUUCACUCAUUUAAUCAAUUUCCCGACCUUCAAUUGGAGACACGUGAUCUACGUGCCACAACGCCAAUCUAUCCGAAUCGCUUGGCAGAUGUCUCCAAAAAGAAGUUACGCAUACUGGUCGAUCAAAUAGAGCCGACUACCAUGUUGUAUGAGAUCGGUGAUAAACUUAUUUUAGAAGGUUACAUUGGUUACUUUAUAAAGACGUUCGCUUUACGGUACAAUUUUCAGCUUUGGCUGCCGGACGAAUAUGAGUCCACCAAAAAACAUGUAAUCUCUGUAGAGGAGAUACGACAGGCGGCGCGCAAUGACUCGAUAGAUGUGGGCGCGAGCUUAUCGACACCCCAAAAGGAGACAAACUUACAUGAGUACAUCUAUCCGGUUGAGUUUUUUCAGUGGGUAACCAUGUUGCCGGUGGAGCCACAACUGGAAACUUAUUAUUUUUUCAUCUCCAUCUUUCCUCCCACCACUUUAAUUUGUAUAUUUGUUAUAACCUGGUGUUUAUCCGUGGUCUAUGUUGUACAUUUGAAACUAAAGUGCCAAAAUCUUCGUUGGAAUCGCUCAUUAAUUUUGCUAGUUUUAAUGCCGUGGGAUCUUGACUUACUUCGUGGUUUACUGAAUCAGUCAACCGCUAUGCGCCUGAAUUCCGCCACUCGACGUGUAAUUUUCAUACUAGUUUUUGCGUUCGGUGGUGCAUUGAAUAAUUUUUUCUCCACCAAAAUGGUGAACUGGUUAACUUUGCCGCCACACAAAAAACCAAUUGAAACUUUUGAAGAUGUUACUGAGCGCAACCUGCAGAUACAGAUCGCCGACUCGGAUAUAGCUGAGAUUAAGUUCUAUCGUGGAGAGACAUUUUGGAAGAACAACGCUCACAUCUUCAAAGUAGUGUGCAUGUAUGAUGAGUUUCUUGAAAAUAUACGCAAGAUGGAUACACGUUAUGGUUAUUUGAUAGACACCUUAACUUGGCCCAUAGUCGAACAACGUCAAAUGUACUUCAAACAUCCGUUAUUUCGAUUUUCCGAAAGUCUUUACUACACGAAGGGCUCACUACUCAGCUUGCCGAUAAGUGAGAAUUCCAUGUAUAAAGAUCUUCUGAGUGAAUUCGUCUUGCGUUCACGUGAAUCGGGCCUGUUAGAUUAUUGGUACAAAAGAACAUUCUACACAAUGGUCUCUAUUGGUCGUUUCAAUCUUACAGAUCUCAGUACGAAUCAGAUACACGAAGUGUUAACUUUGAAGGAGUUCGAAUGGGUUUGGAUCGCGUAUGCUGUUGGGGUUGGCUUGAGUGGUCUCGUUUUUAUGUCAGAAUUGUAUUGGUGGUACAAAUCCUAAUUCAUAUUACCGUAACAGUGAUUUUUAAAAGUGAUAAGUUCUAAAAAUUGUAUGAAUAUAUUAAUAAUAUGUUCAAAAUAAUGUC